GAUGGAGGUGGGCUGCCUUCUUCUCUUUCGAACCCUCUCCUCUCCUCUCAUUCGCCCUCCUCUCCGUCGCCAUUCCUGGCCAGUCCCGUCCUCGCCUCUCCUUAGGGCCUCCUCUUCCCCUCCGCCUAUUCCCUCUCCUCCCUCGGCUUAUCCUCAGGGGGCUUACAGAGGCCCGAAACCCCGGCGGGAUUUGGUAGGCGACUGGGUCUCCAACAACGAUGGGUUCGUCCGGAGCUUGCCCAUCUUCGUGGGCGGCCUCUCCUUGCUCGCUGUCCUCCUUAACCGCGCCUUCUCCGGCAUCGCCCCGAGUUCUUGAACGACGACGGCGACGAGACGAGGGUUCUGAGCUCCACCGCCCCAUCCUCCACUCCCUUCCUUCAUCGCCGUCUUUUUUCUAGAAUCGAAUCGAAGCUGCACACGGUCUCUCUUGGCCUCUCUUUCCCAUCUGUUCUUGUUGGUUUCUCUCUCUCCUUCGGAGGGAAAUUACAUGUGCCGAAUUGUGGUUUUCGUUCGUUCGGGAGUGAUUUCUCUGGAGAUGGUUCCGUCUAUCAUCCGGAAAGGUAUAUCUCAGCAGCCCCCUCCUCCUUACUUCCAGCCAUUGCAGGAAGGGAUGUGCUCUGUGCUCACAGGCCAUGAGAUGUAUCAACCACCACUGGAAGAGGAACAAAUGGGAGGUGGUGGGAUUCCGGGAUUGAAGAACUGGGUCACCAGGAGCUUCGGCGCUGGCAACAACGGGCUGGGUGAGGAAGGGGUGUGGGAUCUGGUGGUCCUCUUGGUGCAAUGGGGUAUGGGGACUUGCAGAGAUCCAUCGAUACAUUUGGCCAGAGAACAUCUCAGUAUAGAGGUGUCACAAGGCAUAGGUGGACUGGUAGGUAUGAAGCCCAUCUGUGGGACAAUAGUUGCAAGAAGGAAGGCCAAACAAGGAAAGGAAGACAAGUUUACUUGGGUGAGCCCCCGCUCUCUUUAUCUACCUCUUUUAUCUAUUUUAAUCUUCUUCUCUUCUUUAGGAUAUUCUUGUUGUCUCCAAGACAUGAAAAAUUUUACUCACUGCAAGAGCCUAUGA